AUGUCGCAACAGCAGGACCACGCGCACUUGGACGACUGCACGCCCUGCCGCGUCGUCGGCAGCGCAACCUUUCUUGGGCUCGGCGCCUUCACCUACGCCUCAGGCCACUCGCAGAUUCGCGCCAAUGAAGCUGCCAUCCGCGCCAGCAAGAGCUUCUUUGGCGUGCGCAGCAGACACCUGGCCAUCACAGGCACGAGCGCUGUCAUGGUGGCAUUGGGCGUCUAUCGGUGGUUUUCCUAG